AUGGAAUCUCGUCGACAUAUCUUACCUUCCAGCUAUACACUUCCACUGGAAGACCUCAGUGGAUUUUCAAGAGCCCGAGAGCCUCUUGCAAACUCCGCUGGGAACGCCCAGCCUCACAAUCUGGCUUCCAUACUCUACAAUGAUAGCAAAGGACACCAGCCUCGAGUGGAGAGGCCCAUGUACUCUAUCCCCACCGUCCCCUCCCAGCCUCCUCGACAAUCUGUAGGCAACACGUUGGAGCUUCGACGUCAAAGCACACGUCGACAGCGGCACUUGAGGCUUAGUCGGAACCCCAUCAUUGAGUCUCCCCAAUACCAAGCUUAUCGUGCUCGACAAGAGCGUGAAGGCAACAGUGAGGAAUCAAAAUGGCCUCCAGAGCUCGAGGUCGCGUUCCUUGAUGCACUCAUGAACAUACCUGUGAUGGGCCGCAGGAAAUUCUCCUACCAAAGCAAGCCUCAUGGUCGAAAUGAGUUGAUCACAGAGUAUAUAUGGAUCGCCUACAAAGAAAGCCUGCCUCCGGGGGUCAAACCUGAUGAAUCAAUGAGGAGGACCCGAAAACAAGUUUCAAGUCAUAUUCAAGUACUCAAGGCUUUCUUGAAAGACCACCCAGCAUACGAUCGGCUCUUUCCUCCACCUCCUGCUGCAAAAAACGGAUUCGAAGAUUCCUACAAGAACGACCCUUGCCUACAAGCUCUCGCAGCCGGUCGUCUACCUAGGACGAAACAUUCUUACUACGAGCAACAUCAAAGUCAGCCAGCAUUCCAGUCUCCCAUAAAACCGAUCCUCUUUUGGCUUCUCAUGACAUCUUCAUCGCUUACGGUCGAUGACCGCAACCGAGAGGUCCACGAACACGAACAGGACCUCUACGAAUGUGGCUUGGUUGCACACAAAUUCACUUCACUCAUGGGGGAGAGGAUACGGAGCAAUCUUGAAGCGCUCACAAACUGGCGCCAAAAGUUUCCGGUCUUGCAGCAGCUGUACGCCUCUGGCGAGCUGAACUGUGAUAUCAUCCACAUGGAGGCUGCAUUGAAUCUGCUCACGAGCCAGCCGGCCCAAGGGUCUGAGCUAUGCAGCCGCACAGUGCUUUCGGUACCUGGGAUGCAGAGCGACACCGAGUGGAGAACCGUUACAACUCUCAACAAACCACGCGAGCUUUACCGCGACCAGAUUUCCGAUCCACCCAUGGAGGCACAGCCAUUCCUCGUCGAAAUGACAUCUGUGAACGAUGACGAGACACAGAUCAAAAUACCGUUUCCCGCAAGCCCUUGGGCCCAAGCAUUCUCCUGUCUCCAAACCAUCCAAUCUAGGUACGAGGAGAGACAGCAACAUUCAUUCAACGAUGGCAUGGGUCAGUGUCGACCCGCUCGCGACUUCGUUGAUCAAAUAACAAUGUACCAAGAGGUCCAAUCCUCAGCAGGACCGCACACUGGGUGGGUGCGCCGUGCAAUCAUCCUUUGGACCUUCCGCCAGGCCACCAGCCCCCAGAACAUCGGCACAACAUUCCGCUAUCUCGACGUCAACACCCCGGCUCGCAGAACCGUCAUGUCACCCUCCCCCCGUAUGAGCCACCAAAUCCAAGCCAGCAUGAGCGAUAAUUUCAACAGCUGGUCCGAUACCUCCUUGCACCUCCAGCACCCAAAUCUGCUUGACCCCUUUGUGACGCAAGGCUUGCAAACACCGCCUCACACAGCCGGUCUGCAAUCCUCCUUCAAUACGCCCAAUUACGCCUAUGGCGCUCCGUCCUAUGAUCUGCCUAGCGAGAACCUCAGUUUCCAUUCCAACACCAACACAAUUGACAGCGAAACCACGUUAGUCGACCACAAUAUCGACAACUUCCUCAGCAACUCGCACGUCAACCUCGCCGACUUUGAGCCCACUCCUCAAAGCUGGCAAUUGCCAGGCACCGAGUCCUUCGACGCCGACCCAACAUGGGCACUGGCUAACUACACCGUUCCCAGCACGACGCCCGCACUCAGCUGGGACGCCCACGAAGCAAAGAGCCAAGCGUGGCCUGACCUGCCUCUUGAUGGCAAGACAUGGGUCCCGCCAGACGAGAACGGGAGUCCGGAGAAGAACUGGCCGGAACAGGUGGGAAUCAGCCCGGCGAAGAGCAGUGUGAACUACAUCGAGCAGAGCGUUGAGCAGAAGCUGUUGCCGUGGAUCGAAGGCCACCGUAACGAUGCGAAGAGAAGCACGUACGACGAUUCGAAAGACGCCUACGAUGAAGUUGUCGUCGUGCCAGCAGUCGAGAACCACCACAUCCCUGACGUCCAGGCGAACCAUCACGAUCCCAAGGCGCAGGGUUGGCACGACCACGCGCCGCACGAUGAUUUCGACUACUCGCAGAUGGAGCAGCUGAAAUGA